UGGUUUCUCCUGUAUCUGUGCCUGUAUCCCCUAACAGCAGUUGUUGCUCCGUGCACUUAAACGCACCACUGUUUUUUUUUUCUAAUGCCACCUCUGACUUGGCGCGUGUCGGCUUUGAAUGAGUCCUGUGCUUUUUCUUUACCAGAAAAGUGAUGUUUUUGAUCUGCAGAGCCCAUGUGACGUCUCCUCUCCUCUCUUACGGGAAACCGAGGAGGAGGAGGAGGAACAAAGUUCCUCAGAAGUGUAAUCCAGAAAAACAGCCAGGAAGAGUUCGAGGCGCUUUCAUUCACUCCGCCUGUAAACCGCAGAGGAGACUGUCGACACAAAACUUUUAAUCUAAAUAACCAUGCGAUAUUAAUUCAAGGAAAUUAUCUAAUUUUGGGGGGAUUUUACUUUAAAAGAGCAGCAGACAGAAGAAUGGCUUUCCUCCCACUGCUUCUUUUUGGACUCUGCGUGAACGCGCAUCUCGUCUUUGGAGGUGAUGUAAAACUUAAUCUUGACUGUAACCAUGACAUAGAAAGCAUGCUUUGCCAAUUUGAGGUGAAAAACUGUUCUGAGUACAAAUUAACCAUCCAGGAUGACUUUGAUGAAAAGAAAUACUCCUGCCCUCUUCAGCAGUGCAACAAUAAGUGCUGCUGCUCUAAGAAAUUAACUUUGACUUUUAAUGAAAUUUAUACUGUGAAGGUCUGCAGAGGAAACAAAGAGGUGGAGGUGAAAAUUGUGAACACCACAGAGAGCUUUAAAGCUAACACUCCAACAAUUGUCUCAGUGAAAGAAUCCAAUGGAAACGUGGAGGUCAGGUGGAAAACAAACAUGAAAGAAUGGUUAAAUCCUCGGAUUACUGCUGAAGUGACUUUUUAUAAGCAAGGAGACAAGACGAACCAGGUAUCUCCACUUGUCAAACCAGCUAAGGAUGAGGACCUGCAGUACCAUGUAAUAAAUGGUAAAGACCUGGAUUCAGAUACAGUAUACAUGAUCAGCAUGAGAAGCUUCACAGAAUGGAAUAAGGUGUACAGUGACAGCAGCAAGGUGUGGACAUAUAAAACCUGUGAUAACCAUGAUUCCACCGAUUGAAAUAUCUGUCUGUGUUACAGAGGAAGAAAUGUCAAAGAAGCUACUUUUUCCUGAAAUUCUAGUAGCUAAUCAAGAGUCCGGCUGCUCGCAGGAACUGAAAAAUAAAAACAAUUCUSGAUCAAGCGACAUUUUCAAUMAGACCUAUUCUCUGCUUUUACCAAACUGUUCUGGUCAGAGGAAGACGGAUAGUUUGGAAGUGCAAUCGCAGACUGAAAGGUUUUCUGGCUGUGUGUGCUCUCCUAACACGAGCGACAUGGUGAACAAUCCUGACCGACAGGCUCAUCUSCUUCCUGCACAACAAGAUGCUUCAUCUCUCGUGCCAACAGAAAUGCCACAUCAGYGGUGUGACRCAUGUCCUCACAGAGCUUCACACGRUACCUUCGGUCACACCAACACAACCACCUCUGGYGAGCUGAAGACUGGCCCUAAAGGGUUUGAGAUGUGCUGCGAKAAAGCUUUCAAACAUGAAAACCCCUUCUACGGCUGUUUKCCCAAUAAUUCCCCCAGUUUUCUUCCCGAGAGAACUGAUUUCCAGCCAGUUCCAARUAAAGUGGAGCAGCCUGAUGCUCUGCUUUUACAAAAGAUAAAUGCUAGUUUCGAGCAUCUUUUAAAGAAGUAUCCAGAAGAAACGUUCAACAAGAUCCCCCAGCCCAACUUCAGCCCCUUCACUCCAGGUUUCAUUAAUAAUACCCAGAAUGCACAGUGUCAGCCUGGGCUUCUGCUGCCUUUUCUCCCAAUGACAUCUGCUGGCAAGACUAUAGAAGUGAUCAGCGACUAUCACGGUAUUUAGUUCGAUUUGGUUUCUGGAUUUGCUGUGAAAUCAGGAAACUGCGGUCCAGUUUUUUUCACUUCUUAGUAAGUCAAGUCAAAACAUUUGUUUUGAAACAUACUGUGCUUUUACAAAUGCUUCAAGUCCUAUUCAGAUGCUACAGUGUAUUUGCGUCAUGUCAUGUUCAUUUUGUUUUUUACAUUCAUUGAAAAUUGUUUUUUUUUAACUGUAAAUACUGAAAAAAUGUGAAUUUUUGAUCAUUUCAUGUCCAUGUAAGAUUCAAGACCUACCUACAGAUCUUAUACACCGAAUUUUUACUGGAAGAGUGAAAACAGCAUAUUUAUCUAUCAGUUACUUUUGAAAGGAUAAUAGAUCUUUGAGCUGACUUACUGGACGUAACAAACAAGCCACAACAUUCAGCUGUAAGACAGAGCUCUUGCUUUUUUCUGUAAAUGUACUUCCUCAUUGCUGUUCCUAUGAAGUGUUGACACAUUUCCACAGAAUUAUGCAAUGCCCUCACUCAUCAUGUUUUACUUGUCACAACAAAUAAAAUGGCAAACCAGCUUCAGUGACAAGAAUGAACAGAUACAGUAUAUCAUGGUUUUCUAAAGAAGAAUGAAACGGUCAUUAUUAUGUUUUUUUCUUUCAAAGAAAAGUGCAUAUGCCUUUUCUUUUUAUCGUGCAUUAUUCAUACACUAAUACGUAAAAAUGUUUUAUUGUAUCUGCGUAUCGAGUCUUCAAAAGAACAACCAGCUGCAAAAGUACAAAUAAUAUUUAUAAUAGUAAACCCUCUUUUACAUUGUACACAUAUGUAUAUAAUAAAUCAUUUAAUACAUUAAUUCAACCAUUAAUUCGACCGUUUCAUAUUAAACAAUUAAACACAUUUUUAAAAACUUUA